ACACCGGCGCCGCUAGCUAGUUAACGAUACGACGGAGAGAGAGAGAGAGAGAGAGAGAGAGGGGGGAGAACACGAACGUUUCCAAGCGGACCGUCGGGAGAGAAUGGAGACGGUUGAGCAGCUCGUCUCCUUCCACCACAUUCAGGUCCAGUUGAGCGGGGGCGCGCCUUGGGGGUUCACGCUGAAAGGAGGGCUCGAGCACGGGGAGCCACUCAUCAUCACUAAAAUCGAGGAUGGAGGGAAGGCCGCCCUGUGCAGGAAGCUGAGAGCCGGCGACGAGCUCAUCAACAUCAACGGCUCCGCCCUCUACGGCAGCCGGCAGGAAGCGCUCAUCCUCAUCAAGGGGUCGUACCGGAUACUGAAGCUCGCCGUCAGGAGGCGCAGCGUUCCUCUCCUCCGGCCUAACUCCUGGCACCUGGCGAAGCUGUCGGAGCCGCCCCUGCCUCCGCCGCCGCCGCCGCCACCGCCUCCUCCGCCCCGCCUCCCCUCCGCCGACUCCCCGCCUCUCCCCCCGCCCCCCCCUCUGUCUGCCAUGCAGCUCCACCCCGGCUCGUACACACUACCCUGGCAAGCGACCGACAACAGUGACUUGUCCUUGCAGUGGGGUCAGCUGUCGAGACCUUACUCCUCCACGGACCGAAGCAGUUCCCUGGGCUCCAUGGAGAGCUUGGACACGCCGACCCCCACCACGCAGCCAUACUCCGACUCCCAUAACUCCCCCGUGGACCCCACUCUCUUCAACAACAAGAGAGACUCUGCCUACAGCUCAUUCUCCGCCAGCUCCAACACAUCCGACUACGCCACGGUGCCGCUAAGACCCGGUGACGCCUGCUCCAUGGACAACCUCCUCCAGAGCCUGGGGCCGGCUUGUCGAGGAUACCCCAGCGGUGAUGCCUCGACCCUGGGGAGUUCCUCUGGCGAGGCCCCGGAUGAGGUGCAGCUUAUUCUACUCAAGUCCAGGUCCCUGACCAGGCCAAGAACGAGACCCGUCGAGGUAAAAGAGAGGCCUUCCUCCUGCUGUUACGAGGGAGGAGACUUUGAGAUCAUAAGAAAUGGAGAAAGAGGAACUGAGAGAAAGAUGAACCCUCCUCAGCCUCCGACCAGGAAGGACAGUUUUAUGGCAACCCAGACUCAGCCCAAUGCCGCCAACAAAUGUUGCGUCUCCGCUCCGAUUGAAAUUUCCAGUGUUUCUUUUUACCGGGACGAAAACAAGCCCUCUCUGAAUGUUGAAUCGGGAGUUCUCAACGGCUUCCCUGCGCCAGAAGAAGGGGACAAAGCUGGGGAUUUAAAAGAGGAUACAUUGGAUUCGUAUUACAUCCAAAGACAGACAGAAGACGCAAGACAUAUCAGAUGUGAUCCUCGUGCCAAUAAAGACUACAAUUCAGAGACGACCUCGGAUCACCUCUCUGAUCCAGUGGCGGCCUCACUAGCAGAACCCUCCGUUGUGGUUCAAGAGGAGUCUCAGAUCACGCACUCCCAGAUCGAGCACUCCUCUACGGGGCUUCGCCGGCACAGCGCCCCCGAUAAUCCGUCGGACGCUCCUGAUCCCUCCUUGUCCCCUUGCGGCAGCCAGUGGUCCCAUUCGUCUCUUCAGCCCACGAGGAACGACCGAGAAGCGUCUCACGACCGCCUCCACGCGCCAUCAAACAAGUGGGGAGGCAGCCGUUGCUCCACCCCAGGAUCUGUGUUCUUAGACGGGGAGGAUGACGAUGGAGACUCCAGUAAAAAGCUGGAAGGGACGGGUGUAAAUGGUGGGCAUCAUCACCCAUGGGGCCGCUCUGUGAGCGUACCAGAGGACCCCACAUUAUUAUCAACCCAGGGAAGGCUAAGCUCUGACCAGAAACUAGAGGGAGGUUUUGUGCCUCUUAGUGCUGCUGCUAGUGUGGAUACAUUACUGGAAGAGCAGAGGGAACUGGGCGGAGGAGGAAGUGGAGGUAAAAGUAAAGAGGGUGCAGCAGAAGAGACGGACGUAAAGAAGUUAAGCGCGCCCAGGAACUAUCGGCGAAACCGCCGUCGUAGCGAGCGAUUUGCCACCAACCUCCGCAAUGAGAUCCAGAGGAAGAAGGCCCAGCUUCAGAGGAGUUGUGGCCCAGGAGGGUUGCUCUGCAGUGGGGAAACGGUGCAGGAGGAAGAGGGUCCAGACCUCAACGAGGAGGGGGCAGACCCUGAACUUCUUGCGAGCGCCACAGUUGCAUUUGCCUCACCGGUUAGUCCCCAAGAGGUCGAGAGAGCAAAGACCUCAAGUGAAUCCAACGAAGACGCGUUGCGGACUCGGUCAACAGCCUGCACUCAAAACAACGUCCCGUUCAGGUCCGUCCAGAUCCUGGAUCCAGGAGUGCCCAGUUUUGGCGUCGGUGUCCGAGUGGUGGAGGAACCGGCCCCCGCCGGCAAAGCCCGCCGCUGGCGUUGGACCCCCGAGCAUAAACUCCAACCCGAACCAGAGCGGCGGCGUGGAGUCUCGGGGGAGAAGGCGACGGGGGUCGCGGGGUCACGUCACGGGGUCUGCGCCUUCACCUCCUCACGCAGCCGCUCCUCUUCCAGCUCUCGGGCGGAGGAGUCGGACAUCCUUCCGUUCGCGGACAGAAUGAAGUUUUUCGAGGAGACGAGCAAGAUCGCGUCUCGCGUCUCGAGUCCAUCGAGUCGCGGGCAGAAGAAGCCGGAGCUCCGGGGAGGGGAGCUCGGUCAGAGGAGAUACUCCUACCAGGGGGGCCUUCAGGAGGAAGGUGCCCCACCUCAAGACACUGCGGAGGCCAGGAGGAUGUCCGUGAGCACCGGCAUGGAGAGGCAGAGGGAGAAGCAGAGGGAACAAGCGAGAGAGAGGGAGGAGAGGGCGAGGGAGAGAGAGCGACUGGAGCUGGAGAGACAGAGUGAGCUAGAGAGGGAGAGGGCCAGAGAGAAGGAACGUCUGAAUAGAGAGAGAGAGAAGGAGAGAGAGAGGGAGAAGGAGGACGAUGCUCAGGAGUUUUACAGCCCCAAAGAAAGAAACCAAGACUUCCAGCACAGCUUCCAGAAUGAAGCCCCGAGGUCGGCUUUUCAUCCCGUCAGCACCCCGUCAACACAGCUCCUGGAGAACCAGCAGCCUCAUCGCCACGGUUACACGGCGAGGAGCUACACGCCCACAGAGAUGCAUCCCGCCCGGCAACAGGAAAUGACCAACCUCAACAGGAAGUGCAGCCUGACUGAGAGGGACUACUCCAGCUGGAGACGGGAGUCCAGACCUCCAGAGGUCGUCAAUCCAUAUCCUCAGCACCAGCAGGGUCGAUGGGGCCACCGACAGGCCGACGACGGCGCCGAUGAUCCCAACGGACACUCCUUCGCACCCCCGCCGGCCCCCCUCUCCCUGCGAGGACGAACCAUGUCCGAAAACGACCUCCGUUUCGACGGCGGCGGCAGCCACCGCUGGUCGCCGUCGAUUUUCGCGACGACCAGCCAGACCCUGAGCGAGGUGGAGGAAGGAGCGGGCGGAGCCGGGAGAGGAGAAGCCGCCCGCGGCGCCGCCCGUCCAAACAGGAAGAAGACGCCGCCCCCGCCGAGGCCACCGCCCCCGCCGAGGCCACCGCCCCCGAAGUGGGAGCAGUUCCACCGCAGGCGUGCGUCUCACCACACCUUGUUCACCUCCCUGUCCUCGCCUCACUUCACCCCUACGUCACAUUACUCCUCGACCAACUCCUCUUCGUGCGUCCCUCCACCCGAAACGGCCCGACAGAGGUCCUACAGUCUUCCUCCGGAGAGACGGGAAGUCUCCGACGGCUGCCCGCGAUGCAGCUGCAGCCAAGCCAAGGGCCUUCCCUACGCCUCGUCCAAUCAGAAUCAACCUCAAAUGCGGGAACAACCCUCCUCCUACACCUCGUCCAAUCAGAAUCAACCUCAAACGCAGGAACAACCCUCCUCCUACGCCUCGUCCAAUCAGAAUCAACGUCAAACGCAGGAACAACCCUCCUCCUACACCUCGUCCAAUCAGAAUCAACCUCAAACGCAUGAACAACCCCCCUCCUACGCCUCGUCCAAUCAGAAUCAACCUCAAACGCAUGAACAACCCCCCUCCUACGCCUCGUCCAAUCAGAAUCAACCUCAAACGCAGGAACAACCCUCCUCCUACACCUCGUCCAAUCAGAAUCAUCCUCAAACGCAUGAACAACCCCCCUCCUACGCCUCGUCCAAUCAGAAUCAACCUCAAACGCAGGAACAACCCUCCUCCCACGCUCUGACCAAUCAGAAUCAGUCUCAAUCCCGGGGAAGCUUUGCCGUCUCUCCGCCCAGUCCCAUGUUCUCCAGGCGGAGCUUCAGGCCGGUGGCUCCGCCCCCAAAAGAGAGGGACCUGAGGGGCUCAUAUGGUGGGCAGCAGGAGAGGGUGGAGGUGUUACCAUCGCUUCCUCCACCAACGGAGAUCAGGAUGAGCAGUUUCCCCGAGAUGAUCGUCGGCCCCGACCGGGACGGAGUGACGGCGAAAGCUCACAAACAGCCGUCCAACGUGAGACCGGGAGCCGAGUGGGAGAGAGCCCCAUCUCCCAGAGUUCAUAGCGACUCCAACCCGCCACCUGUCGUAGAAAAUGGCGGCGUUCUGCCUCCCGAAUCCUACUUCUCGAUGCACUACGAGCAGCAGCAGCAGCAGCAGCUCCGUAUGAACCGGGGAUUCCAGAGCAUCGGGCCCCAGAAGGUCCUCGAACCGGGGACCGGAUCGGAGACCACCCUCAGCCCGAGUCCCGCGCUCAGCCUGGACGCGGACCUGGACGUCCCCAUGGAGACGGACAUCGACGACUUCCAGGAGGACGACGGGCCGCCGGCCGAGCGCCAGCCCAUCACCAGCGAGCUGCCUUGCUUCGCGCUGCCGGUCACGGUCCUGGAGACGGAUAUCGACACCGUGGCCUCGCCGCCGGAGGAAGAGGAGGAGGAGGAAGAGGAGGAGCUGGAGGCCGCGGACGGAGAGAGGCUGAGCCUGGAGGAGGAGCUCUUCCCCCAGAGCGGCGAGGGAGAGGCGGGCAGGGAGAGCUGGAGAGGAAGCUACCAAACCACGGAGCACAACGCCGACAGCCUGGACAGGCGGUCCGGUGCGAGCUCCAGCUGCUCGUCCUACUACAGCACGUCGGCCGCUAAAGCUCAGCUGCUGUCGCAGAUGAAGGACUUCACCGAUAACCGAGAGCGGGACGAGGACGACGAGCUGACGUACAAGAAGCAGCUGAUGGAGAGCCUCCGCAAGAAGCUGGGAGUGCUGAGGGAAGCUCAGAGGGGUCUGCAGGAGGACAUCAGAGCCAACGCUCAGCUGGGAGAGGAGGUGGAGACCAUGGUGGUGUCGGUGUGCAAGCCCAACGAGGUGGACAAGUUCCGCAUGUUCAUCGGCGACCUGGACAAAGUGGUGAGCCUGCUGCUGUCGCUGUCCGGGAGGCUGCUGCGCGUGGAGACCACGCUGGACACGCUGGACGCGCUGGACCCCGAGACGGAGCUCCACGAGAGGCUCCCCCUGCUGGAGAAGAAGCGUCAGCUCAUGAGGCAGCUGUCCGAGGCCCAGGACCUGAAGGACCACGUGGACCGCCGUGAGCAGGCCGUCAGCCGGGUGCUGGCCCGCUGCCUCUCCCCGGAGCAUCACCGGGACUACAGCCACUUUGUGAAGAUGAAGGCCGCCCUGCUGGUGGAGCAGAGGCAGCUGGAGGACAAGACCCGGCUGGGGGAGGAGCAGCUGAGGGGGCUGAGGGAGAGCCUGGGGCUCGGGAUCGGGAUCGGCAUGGGGAUGUCGAUGGGAUACGGACAUUAUUGAAUGAAAGACGAGCCUGAAGGGAUGAAGAAGGGGCGGUUUAAGGAUUAAGAGAGAGGGAGCAAACACACAUCCACGUGUCUGAGAGGAAUAGUUUGAUAUUUUGGGAAAUAUGCACCAAAACGCACCGUUUAACACGCCAUAUCCCCAAAAUCCAAGAUGGCUGCUCAGCGCAUCGUCACUAGAAGAGCUGUAGUGAUACGCUGUUUAUUUACAAAUCAAGUCAGACAUACAA